AUGUUCGCCCGUCUUACUUCUACCCUCUUCGCUCUCGCAGCCGUCUCCGCCGUCUUCGCUGCCCCCGGCGCAACCACCGAGCAGUGCAACGGCGGUGAAGUCCAAUGCUGCAACAGCGUCCAGGACGCCAACAACCUCGACUCGUCUGUCAAGAAGAUCAUCACCGGUCUCCUCCACCUUGAUCUCAAGCAGAUUACUGGGCAGGUCGGUGUGACCUGCACCAGUGUCAAUGUUCUUGGAAUUGGCGGUGGCAGCUCUUGGUAUGGAUUCGCUUUUAGUUAUUCCUAUAUUUUGGCCUCUGACUGGGCGAUUGGUGUUUGUAGCACUCAGCAGAAGGUCUGCUGCACUAACAACUCGUUCCAUGGACUCAUCGCUCUCGGCUGCACUCCCAUCAACGUUUCUGUUUAA